AUGGCUUCUGAAUCCGGCGAUUCCUUCUACGCUACAACAUCAGAAAAAGAAGAACUAGAUAUAGAUAAAAUUAAGUUUAUUAAUAUUACUUCUAAUGAGUUUAAUUCUUUAUUAUCUUAUUUAAAUAACUCUAGUCCUACUGUUAAUUAUAGAGGCUUAACUAAAUACUUAGGCUUUGAAUACUUAAAUAGUGCACAUACUGGCUUAUAUAUACAAGAAGUCUUUGAAGAAAUAUACCUAAAGAAAAUAUUAUUAGAUAAAUUAUCUUAUAAAGAUCAAGAAAAAGUAUUAAAAAAUAACUAUAAAUUCCAAACUGCUAUUAACUACGCAAAAAAGGGUAAAGAAUUCCCUGUUAAUAGUUAUAAAACAAAAAUACCCCUCUUUACUAAUCUUCCUCUAGGGAAUAUUUAUUAUCAACUAUUAGAUAUUAAAGCCCUACAUACUUCUAAAGAAAACCAAGUAGAUGAAGAAUUCUACUAA